AUGUCUACAAACGUAUGUCCAAGAUCACGAAGUACAUGUUUGAAGGAACUUCACAUUCAUGGCAAAGAUGAAGGCAUCAAGAAAAUUAUCGAAUUGCUACUUGAGGAUGCACCUACUACAAAAAAGUUUGAUGUAAUUCCUAUUGUAGGCAUGGAUGUGAUUGGCAAGACUACACUAGCUCAUCACAUUUAUAAUUACGACCAAGUGGAAAAGAAUUUCAAUCUAAAAGCAUGGGUUUGUGUUUCUAAUGACUUUGACGUUCUAAGAAUAACAAAGUUAAUUCUCAAGUCAUUCACUCAUUGUUCUUGUAAUUCGGGCAACUUAAAUGAUGUUCAAGUUCAACUUAAAUACACACUGCAAGGGAAAAAAAAAAAGUUUUUGCUUGUCCUAGAUGAUAUGUGGGAUUAUGGAUAUGAUGGAUGGAAUUUGCUACAACCGCCAUUGGAGCUAGAGCACCUGGAAAUAUUAUCAGAUAAUAGUUGUUGGUUAAUCUUUUACCAACAUGCAUUUGACAAUAGAGAUAUCAUGGAAUACCCAGAAUUGAAAUCAAUUGGUAAGAAAAUUGUUGUGAAUACGUGCGGAGGCUUGCCAUUGGCAACCAAGGCCCUUGGCAACUUACUAUGUCGUAAACAGGAAGAACAUGAAUGGAAAGAGACACUAAACAACAAUAUAUGGAAUGAGGAAAGUGACAUUCUCCCAGCAUUGAAAUUGGGUUACCUUCAUCUCCCUUCUCAUUUAAAGCGUUGCUUUUGCUAUUGUGCAAUUAUCCCAAAGGACUACAAAUUCAAGGAGGAGGAAUUAGUGUUGCCAUCGAUGGCUGAAGGUUUAAUUGAGUAA